AUGCCUCUGCAACUCCUCCUGCUGCUGAUCCUGGUGGGCCAUGGCAGCAGUCUCCAGCUGCAGGACACCUGGGAAGAUGGAGCUAAGGAAGCCCCAGGCCCCUUGCUUGCCCGGGACCGGAGACAGGUGGCCAUGGAUGAAAACGGGGAUGAGGACUAUGACCUGUACAUCACAGAACCUCCAGAAACACUUGAAAAUUACACCUUGGUUGAGAUGGGAAAUUUGGGACAGAGAGGUUCAGCAGGGCCUGGAACCCCUGAGCCAGUCUCUGUGGAGGCUGCCACAAGAGACUCUGCUGCCCCAAACACAGGAGGGGCAGCCAUGGGCAAUCUAAGCACAGAUCUGGCUGCACAGUGGAUUCCAGUCACACUGGACCCUCUGGUCACAGAGCUGGUUGCUGUAAUCAGUCCCAUCACAAAGGCUCCAUCCAACCAGGGGACUCUAUCCAUGGAGCUGACCACCACGGAGGCCCUGUCCAUGGGUCCAGCAGCCACAGAGGCACGGACCACUCAACCAGCAGCCACGGAUGCCCUGUCCAUGGGUCCAGUGGCCACAGAGGCACAGACCACUCAACCAGCAGCCACGGAUGCCCUGUCCAUGGGUCCAGUGGCCACAGAGGUACAGACCACUCAACCAGCAGCCACGGAUGCCCUGUCCAUGGGUCCAGUGGCCACAGAGGCACAGACCACUCAACCAGCAGCCACAGAGGCCCUGUCCAUGGGUCCAGUGGCCACAGAGGCACAGACCACUCAACCAGCAGCCACAGAGGCACAGACCACUCAACCAGCAGCCACCGAGGCCCUGUCCAUGGGUCCAGCAGCCACAGAGGACUUGUCUACAGAACCAGCUGUCACAGAAGUCCCUUCCACAGAGCCCACUGACACAGAGGCCCUGUCCACAGAGCCCACUUCCAUGAGAGAUCUGGCCACAACCUUUCUUGUGCCCUCGGUUACUCACAAGGGUACCACUGUGGCACCCAGCACUUUGUCUGACAUAGUCAAAAGGAAAUAUGGGAAGGUCUUUCCCACUGGGAGCACUGUGGCCUCCAGCCCCACAGAAGCCCUGGACUGCAUCCCUGUGAAGCAGUGUCUGCUGGCUAUCCUCAUCCUGGCCCUGGUGGCCACCGUAUUCCUCGUGUGCACUGUGGUGCUGGCUGUCCGCCUCUCCCGCAAGACCCACAUGUACCCCGUGCGCAAUUACUCCCCCACCGAGAUGGUCUGCAUCUCGUCCCUGCUCCCUGACAGGGGUGAUGGGCCCCCCACCAUGGCCAAUGGGACCCUGCCCAAGGCCAAGAGCCAGGGCCUAAUGGCGGAGCCCAGUGAGGACCGCGAUGGAGACGACCUCACCCUGCACAGCUUCCUCCCUUAG